AUGACCAGCUGGUUGUUCUCGGUGCCUGGGCUUUACCAGCACCUGAUCACCACUGGCCAAUACCCGGUGGCUAGUCAGUUCCGCCCGGCGCCGUACCCCAACAACGUCGGCUUUGCGACGCUCUUCCAGAUGGCGCGCUGGUACGCUUUGCGCGGCGUCACCGUGCUGAUGGCGGACCGGUACAUGCUGCUCGCGCGGCGCAACUGCAACGAGCGUGGAGGCCGCGAGGUAACCGACAACUCGCCCUUCACGGAUGGUGGACCCAACAGCAUCACUGAUGUUGGGUAUGUACCCAACAACAUGGUGUUGGGGCCUAUCGACGAGAGUGACACGUCGCUCAUGGUGAUGCCCGGCACAAUCGUCGCUGACCAUCCCAUGCAGGUCGAGCCCGACAAUGUUCCUGCGCCCACCGUCGCGCCUACCACCACGGAUGCUCCGCCCGUGUCGGCUACCUCGGCGGCUCCAAUUGCCGAGGAGGUUGCUCCUCCCCCAUACAGCCCCACCAGGCCUAUGGAGGACGUCCAGGGCACGGCGGACGCUGCGUCUGUCGGGUCCCGGGUGCCAUCCCCGGCGCCUCGAUCAUCGGCGGGGUCGGGGUCCAGUCACGCCAGCUCCCCCACCCACGUCCUCUCUCCCGCAUCCGCAUAA